UACUUUGAGAGAUUUUUAUUUAGCCACAUUCGACAUAAUACAUGCAGGUUACAACACGCCAUCUCUUCCUCAUAGCAGAAAACCUUUAGACACAGCUAAUCAGAUUGUUGAACUUCACAUUCUGUCAUUUGAGCAGAGGAUACUUGUCUCAUGAGAAGAUGGCUUUAUUGUCUGAGUCAAACCAUAGGAGGAUUGUGCUGCUGGGGAAAACAGGAUGGGGCAAAAGCAGUGCAGGAAACACCAUCUUUGGAGGAGGAGAUGAAGAGUUCAAGAUAAACAGUUCAGCCAAGUCCGAAACACACAUGUGUGAAAAAAAGACCAAGAUCAUCAAUGGAAGAAAACUCACUCUAGUAGACACACCUGGACUCUUUGAUACUGACGUCCCUGAAGAGAAGCUGAAACCUGAACUAGUGAAAUGUAUUGUAGAGUGUUCUCCGGGGCCACAUGCCUUUCUCAUUGUGCUUAGAGUGGACCGGUACACAGUCCACGAGGAACAAGUCAUUACAAAAAUUGAGGAAUGUUUUUCACCAGAGGCCUUCAAAUAUGCCACAGUUCUCUUCACGUAUGGUUACCAGCUCAAAGGUCAAACCAUUGAUGAUUUUGUGAAAACUAAUGAGAAACUGAGUGAGCUUGUGGAGAAAUGUGGAGGCCGCUGUCACGUCAUUGAUAAUGAAUUCUGGAACAACAGUCAGCAGGGUCAGUACAGGAACAACCAGUACCAAGUAACAGAGUUACUCAACACCAUAGAGAAGAUGGUGAGAGAUAACGGAGGAGGGUGCUACACCAACGAGAUGCUCCAAGAGGCAGAGAGAUUAAUACAAGCAGAGAUAGAAAGUCUUACAGAGUCAAAUGGCCAGAAGUCACCGGAAGAGGUCAAUAAACAUGCCACUGAAAAUGUGUGGAAGAGACUCCUGAUCAAAUUGGCAGGGAUAGCAACAGGUACAAUAGUGGCAGCUCUCCUUGGGGUUGCAGGGGCAGUAGCAUUAGUUUGCUCAGUACUUGGUAAGAAACCCACGAUAACUGAACUUGCGGCAGGAGGACUAGGAGCAGCAAUAACAGUAAGCAUAGCUGGAGGAAUUGUUGCUGGAGGAGCAAUAGGAGGGGGGAUGAUAGGAGCUGCUGCAGCAGAGGAUGCAGAGACACCAGGAGAGGCAGCAAAGAAAGCAGCUGCGGCAGUCUGUGAGGUGGGUAAGUAUAUCUUGGAGGAGGGUAAAGGUAUUUUGGACAGUGUAAGAGGUGUGUCAGAGGGGUACAGCAAACUGAGUUUGAGUGAUGAAAAGAAGUAGCAGGAGCACUCUAGGUAUUAAAAUACACAGGUGAAAUGAGUGAAUGAGUGAUCACAACAUGGUUCAAUAGUUUACUAAACACAUCAGCCACUGCUAUAUGACAGAAGAAGAAAAACUGUUCAAACAAAUAAUAAACAUUUCAGACAAAUCAAACCUUAUGUCAUUGUUUUAACAUAAUUACAGUGGAAAAUGUCUGAUUUCGAAGUUUAAACAGAAUUACAGUGGCGCUUUUUUUUUCAAUGUUUUACAGAAUUACAGUAGCAAAUGUUUGAUUGCUAAUUUAAAAUGAUUAAAAGAAGAAAAAAAAAAUUCAAUGUAAAUGAUGUAAUGAGUAAAAUUACACACUAUAUAUAACAUGAAUGAUUAUAACAUGUCAUUAUAACACUGUAUAAGUUGAAAGAACUGGAGACAGAGAAGUGGCUCAUAAAAUCGUAUUUCCCAAGGCAUAGAUUUGAUAUCAGGGUUUCCCUUUUUACAGCCUAAUAGCUUAUAGUUCAUGGAAAUGUAGUCAGUGACAUCACAUCAAUUGUAGAAAUAUUGACUUUAUUACAAACAAAUCUUGAUGACUUUUUAUAUGACUACUUUGAUACAUGUUUUAUUUACUCUUUUAAAUGAUUACAGUAGGAUUGUGUUCUGGCUUGUAUUCCAUACUCUGUUGAUUAUAAUUCCUUGCAAAAACAAUAAAAGAGCUAAAAAUCAAAUCAAA